AUGUUAAGCGACAGCGAGGCUACAGAGCUUCUCUCAUUCCUCCGGCGAGACAUGAGGGCGGAUGUUAAGGGCCAGGCUACGGAAUACAUCCUCGGGCUCACGGGCAACAGAGAGGGCUGCCGUUACCUCAGGACCAAACCAGACUUCCUCAAGGCUCUGGUCACCCUCACGGCAGACCCUUCAAUCGCCAUUGUCAAAGACUGUUACCAUGCGCUGGUCAACCUGUCUGCAGAUGAAACCCUGCACAAGCCCUUAGUUAAAGAGGCCGCCAUCCUGCCCACAAUGUUCCACAACCUUCUGGACCCGGAGUACAUGUUUGCUGACCGUGUGAGUACAAUCCUCACUAACCUGUCCAGGCACGAAGCGACAUGCAGGGAGGUGUUCCAGGCGUUGCAGGAGCAGGAGAUCAGCCUGGCCAAAAUAGUCGAGAUCUUUUGCACCGAGGGCUUUAAUAAGAAAGCUUCGCUUCACUACUUGGGGCCCCUGCUCUCCAACCUCACACAGCUCCCCGAGGCCAGACAGUUCAUCUUGGAUAAGGAGAGGUGCGUGAUCCAGAGGCUCCUUCCUUACACUCAGUAUGAGGCGUCAGUCACCAGGCGAGGGGGAGUAGUGGGUACUCUCAGAAACUGCUGCUUUGACUAUGCUCACCAUGAGUGGUUGCUAAGUGACGCUGUGGACAUUUUGCCUUUUUUGUUGUUACCACUGGCUGGACCAGAAGAGCUAUCUGAAGAGGAGAAUGAAGGUUUGCCGGUGGACCUGCAGUACCUGCCAGAGGACAAGACGAGAGAGGAAGACCCUGACAUCCGCAAGAUGCUUAUUGAGACACUACUGCUGCUUACAGCCACCAAAAAGGGACGUCAGAUUAUGAAGGAGAAAAAUGUCUAUCCCAUCAUGCGAGAGUUUCAUAAAUGGGAGAAGGACCUGCAAGUGAUUUCUGCGUGUGAAAAACUUGUUCAGGUGCUGAUCGGGGACGAGCCGGAACCAGGCAUGGAAAACCUGAUGGAGGUGAACAUCCCUGAGGGUGUGGAACAAAAGUUUAAAGACUUGGAUGCCAAAGAACAGGAAGAGAUCGAGAAGGAGAAACAAGAGCUGCUCAAAGAGGAGGCUGAGAAACAUCCGAACACCGUUCCAGAAGUGCUUGAACGAUAAACAUCCAGCAGCAGAGGCACUAAACCCGUCUCGCACAACACAAAUUCAAAAAGACUCUUGUUUUUCCAUAACCCAUUGAGCAGAAACGAAUUCUCCUCGCCAAGAUCAUUGGCACUGAACUGAUUUAAUGCUAUGAGUUAGUAGAGAGGACAAAUCCUAUCCAGUGUUGAUAAAAAAAUGUUUUAUUUCUUUAUGUACCCUUAUUCAGUCGAUGUUUUUUCACGAUGCACGCCAUAAGUUUUGAGAGUGAACAGAAUAUUGGAUUGAACAUUGGCUGAAGAAUUAUGGUGGAUGCCUGGGCUUAAAGAGUGGUUACGUGUUGCUGCUGCUUAUUUUCUGAACACAGAUUAAAACAAAACGCAGAUUUGAACAAAAUGCCUUGUAGUCUUGGAUUAAAAAGCUGUUCCUGUAGAAUCCAGACCUUGUUUAACUUUGGUUAGACCCCUGAGUGACUGCAGGUCUGCAUAUGGACGGCAGUGUCUUUGUAAGGGACAGCCAGGUUUUUGAAAGUUCACUAUAUUGAACACUAAAAGGCAACUCAAUUAACGGGACAAGUGAACAAUUUUGUAUGCCAACAUUAAAUGCUGGGGUGCAAA